AGAGCAUCGUGCAUUUUUGUCCCUGCGACCGCGCCUAGAUACUGCACCUAAAACAGCAACUGUUCAUGCAGAGCGGCCCGGCCUGUGGCGAUUGGCGCGAAGACGAAAAAGACCGGGUCGACAGACUCGCGCCUCUCGAUUAUCUCUCUGUCUUCCUUUCUCUGGUUUGUUAUUUUCCCUUGUUCGCACAUAGUGGGCAUGACUCCGUCUCCUGCGAGCCAAUUUGUCUUGCUACUGGGGCCCUCUUUUUUCUUUUUUUUCUUUUUUUUUUUUUUCUUUUCUUUUUUUUCUUCUUCUUCCCUUUUCCUCUUUGCUCCUGGCCCAUUCAGUCAUCGGUUGAUGAGCUGGCACCGUUUCCCUUCCUUCCUAGGGCCCGCUUGUGUGGCCACAGUCGAACCAGUUCUGGCUUCAGAAUGGAGCUUUUCCACCCCAUCCUCUCCGCUUUUGGGCACAGGCUGGCCCUGGGCCCUCUUCCCCUCCAGAAGGUUGAAUACCAUUCGGUCCCCUGGGGGUCAAAGGCCAAUGCAUACCCGAUCCGAACGCCUUUCUUUUCCGGACGGUUGACAAUGUCAGAUUAGAUGGGCUGAGACUCUGAGUUGUCAUACUGCUGUCACACUUGCAAGCCAGGUCCCUGCCGGUCUCCUUUCUACGGCCUUAUCAGAGUGUUUGUGUAUGGUGUAGGAAUAUGUGUGUCUGUUUAUGUGUAUAUGUGUGUCUUGACUGACUG